AUGUUAGACAAAUUAACUCAUUUUAAAAAUUUACUCAAUACAGAAGAUAACCGAUCAUCAGAUAUAAUGGAUUUAUCAAGUAAAAUCUCAUCGAAAGAUUCAUGGAGUUUUGAUAAUCUAUUAACAUUGAAAUUACAACAGUCUAGUUAUCAUUCAUCAUCAUCAUCGUCAUCAUCAUCAUUUCUCAAUAAUAAUAAUAAUAAUAAUAAUAAUAAUAAUAAUAGUAAUAAUGAUCAUACAAAUAUAAAUGAAAGUAAUCAAUUAUUAUCAUCAGCUAAAUCAUUAGCUUAUUGUACACCGAAUCCAGUUCCAAAUUUACCAGAGAAUAAUCAAGUACAUUUUUUAGAAUAUCGUGGUGCACAUUUAGCAACAUUUACAGUGAAUGGACGUGAUUUAAUUUGUUUACCACAAGCAUUUGAAUUAUUUUUAAAACAUUUAGUUGGUGGAUUACAUACAGUUUAUACAAAAUUGAAACGUUUAGAUAUUAUUCCAAUUGUAUGUAAUGUUGAACAAGUACGUAUACUAAGAGGUUUAGGUGCAAUACAACCAGGUGUUAAUCGAUGUAAAUUAAUUGCACCACAAGAAUUUGAUAUACUUUAUGCUGAUUGUACAAAUUCAAGUUCUAGACCUGGACGUCCAUCAAAACGUUUAUCUGGAGUUGAAACACCUGUUCUGUCAUCUGUACUUGGAUCCCGUCAGUCACAUACAUGUCGUAACAAUGAUUCAGGUGAAUCCACUCCCAAACAAUCACGUAGUUGUACAAGCGAUGAUGACAACAGUGGAAAUAAUCAGUCUCAACUCGAACAAACUUCAUGGCCCAACUCUCAAAAUAAUAUUUCCGCUUAUCCAUUAAUGAAUUCAUAUGAAUUGAUUUUACCUCAACUAUUGAAAGCAAAAGUUUUUGAACACUUGGAAACAGUAUAUUCAUCUUUUAUGAAAUAUGCACUUUCAAAUCACCAAAAUAAAUUAGAACAUGAACAAAAUUCUUCUGGAUCGACCGAGUUAAAAUCCAUCUAUGACGGUGUAGAAAACACAGCCUUCCCAUCUAUUGAUUUACCACGGAUCUUUUCAAGCAAUAUAAUGACUCAUUCUGAUCGGCUUUCCACUGAAACUUUUUUGGAAGAAGAAGGAGUGAAUUCAUUUAACGAAUCAAAAACGAUAGAAAAUUCUGAUCAGACAUUAAAGUACCAACAGUUAUUUGAUUCAAAACUGCAGUACUUUUUAAAUCAGUUCACUGGGAUGAAUUAUCCCUGGAAAUCUGUUUAUCACCCAAUGGAUUCACCUGGACCAACAUUAAAUGCUUUUGAUUCACAAAUUAAACCCCAGGUAAAUGAUCAUUUUGAUCAGCAUUCGCAUCAUCCCUACCCCUCAUUGAACAUGAAUACAUCGGAUUCUUUAAAAUGUAAUAAAUCCAAUCUACCAGUUCAAACAUUAUUUUCACAAGAAUUAAUCAAGGAAACAGUUCAAAAUGCUAGACCAUCAACAUCUACAAAUGAUUGUUACAACAAUGAUGAGGAAUCAUUUGAUGAAUCUCUGUGUCCUAAUGGUUUCACUUCAUUAGGAUAUUUUAAAAACAUUAAAUUAAAUAAACCAACAAUUCUAAAUUUCUCAGUAGAACAAAUACAAAUGGAUUCAGAAAGUUCUACAAUGCAUGAGUCUAACAAUAAUGAAACUAAUACAGAGAAAAAAUACACUGACACUUCGAAACGUCGUUUAACUGAUUUCAAAAGGAAAGAAACAAUACUGGAAAAAAAUCAUGAUGACUGUGAUGAUGUCGAUGAUCCUGAUCAUGAUGAAAAUGAUGAUGCUGAUGAAGAGGAUGUUAUUGACGAUAAUAGUGACAAUAAUGAAGCAAUUAAAAUCAAUCAGAAUACAGACAUGUCUAGAACACUAACAGCAUUAAAUUAUUAUUAUUGGUGGUUACAAUAUAUGUCAAAUGAACUUCCCCAUGUAAAGCAGUCAGUCGUUAGUGAAGCGAAAGUAUCAGUGUUUAAUAACUUUUCUUCACAUGGUUGUUAUACCAAUAAUGAUUCAUUAAAGUAGUAAGCAACGACUUCCAAAGUGAACACACUGAUUCUACUGUUUAGUCAGAAAAACAGUGAUAAAUUUAAAUGUGAUCAAUCAUGGAUUUAACAAGCCGAUACAACUACACAUUGCAAAGAUGUUAAUCAACUCUGUCGAUGUAAUACAGAAAUAUUUUUCAGUGAUAUAUAUAUAUCCUAUAUUCAAUAAUUUAUUUAAUCUUGAAUAUUUCCACUCUUACAGGAAUAAUAAUCAAGUAUAGUAUGAAAGCUGAUUUCUACUUGACGUAUAUAUUCUUUAAUUAGACAUAAAAUUUCUUUAAAUGUACAGUUUGUUUCAUUAUUCUAUAA